GCCCACGUUGCGUGCGUCAUCACGUAUGUUCUGGUACGUAAAUGCUUUCCCGAUUUGCUCGCUGCGCCAUUUUCAGAGCGAAUCAGAAAGAGAACAACGAAUCAAACACAGAUAAUCACACGAUUUGAGUCAUGCAUCGGGAUUGCCCUUUGGACUGUAAGGUGUACGUUGGGAAUUUGGGCAACAAUGGGAAUAAAUCGGAGCUGGAGAGAGCGUUCGGCUACUAUGGACCUCUGAGGAGUGUCUGGGUGGCCAGGAACCCUCCCGGCUUUGCAUUUGUGGAGUUUGAAGAUCCUCGUGAUGCAACAGAUGCCGUCAGAGAGAUGGAUGGGCGGACCCUUUGCGGUUGCCGAGUGAGAGUGGAGCUGUCCAACGGCGAGAAGCGAACUCGGAACCGGGGUCCGCCUCCUUCCUGGAGCCGACGCCCACGCGAUGACUACCGCAGACGUAGUCCGCCCCCCAGACGCAGAUCUCCCAGGAGGAGGAGCUUCAGUCGUAGUCGUAGCAGGUCUCUUUCCAGAGAGCGCAAGAGGGAGCGAUCUCUGUCCCGUGACAGGAACCACAAGCCCUCUCGAUCUUUCUCCCGAUCAAGAAGUCGUUCCAGAUCUAAUGACAGAAAAUGAUCUUCAAUGCUGAAAAGAACAUUAUGAUGGAAACCUCGACACAGAUCAAACAUCUUUAAACUUUGAUAAAGACUUCAAUGCCCCACAGUCUGUUUGAAUCCCCCAUGUUCUUUUUUUAUUAUUAUUAUGAACAUUGGUUAUUUUAGCGGUUCUGUUUUCUUCUGUGGCUGUGGUCAUGCCACUUCUGUUUGUGUGGUUUGCAGGUGUGACACGUCACUUAAAGCAUCAGCACUACAUACAAUUUUAAGAAUAUUUUUAUUUUGUUUUGUUGGUGUAAGAGGGGGUUUGUGAAUGUGAAGGGUUCCUCUGUGAUGGGUCCUGCUGCACUGUCCUCAUUUCCUUUUCGUCAUAGGUUUAAUUUGUGCUAUCAGGACGGUGGCAGCAGAGUGGGCGAUGUUGUAAUGGCACUAUGACAGCAGCAGGGGGAACAAUGGAGAAAAGAUUUUUUUAUUUUCUCUUCUAGUGUUUGUACGUUUGUAAUGUUGAUCUGAAUUAAAACUGUA